GGGCAUUGCAAAACGGGGCAAUCAAAAGCAAUGGAAAAGACUGAGGAGUUUAUAUCCCAGUAAAAUAUCCUGGUGACAGGCUAGAUUUUCCAGUUCCCUGUGAUUUGAUCAGCCUUGAAAGGAAUUUGACAGAAGAUGUUACAACAUUUUCACUUCUGGAAAUGGUUAGCUUCAGGAAUUAUCCUUGGUUCCCUCUUCAAAAUCGGCUCUGGACAGUAUGAUGAUGACUGGCAAUAUGAGGAUUGCAAACUAGCUCGGGGAGGACCUCCAGCCACCAUAGUUGCUAUUGAUGAAGAGAGCCGAAAUGGUACGAUUCUGGUGGAUAACAUGCUGAUCAAAGGGACCGCUGGAGGACCAGACCCCACCAUAGAACUCUCUUUAAAGGACAACAUGGACUACUGGGUGUUGUUGGAUCCUGUUAAACAAAUGCUUUUCCUGAACAGCACAGGCCGAGUUCUGGAUAGAGAUCCACCAAUGAACAUACACUCCAUCGUGGUGCAAGUCCAGUGCAUCAACAAAAAGGUGGGCACUGUUAUCUACCAUGAAGUCCGGAUCGUGGUGAGAGACAGGAAUGACAACUCACCCUCAUUCAGGCACGAGAGUUACUAUGCCACAGUGAAUGAGCUCACUCCAGUUGGUACCACAAUAUUUACAGGAUUUUCAGGAGACAAUGGAGCUACAGACAUAGAUGACGGCCCAAAUGGACAGAUAGAAUAUGUUAUUCAAUAUAAUCCAGAUGAUCCGGCAUCAAAUGACACCUUUGAAAUUCCCCUCAUGUUGACUGGAAAUGUAGUGUUAAGGAAGAGGCUCAACUAUGAAGAUAAGACUCGCUACUUCGUCAUCAUCCAAGCAAAUGACCGCGCACAAAAUCUAAAUGAACGGCGAACCACCACCACCACCCUCACAGUGGAUGUUCUGGAUGGAGAUGACUUGGGUCCAAUGUUUCUUCCUUGUGUCCUGGUGCCCAAUACUCGUGAUUGUCGUCCACUCACCUAUCAAGCUGCCAUACCUGAGAUGAGGGCUCCGGAAGAACUGAACCCCAUCGUUGUUACCCCACUGAUCCAAGCCAUUGAUCAGGACCGGAAUAUUCAGCCUCCAUCAGAUAGGCCAGGCAUCUUCUAUUCCAUCCUUGUUGGGACUCCUGAGGAUUACCCACAAUUUUUCCAUAUGCAUCCUAGGACUGCAGAACUGAGUCUCAUGGAGCCAGUAAACAGAGACUUUCACCAGAAAUUUGAUUUGGUUAUAAAGGCUGAACAGGACAAUGGUCAUCCUCUUCCAGCAUUUGCGAGUCUACAUAUUGAAAUAUUGGAUGAAAACAAUCAGAGCCCUUAUUUCACAAUGCCCAGUUAUCAAGGCUAUAUACUGGAAUCUGCUCCAGUGGGAGCAACUAUUUCUGACAGUCUAAAUUUGACCACUCCUCUAAGAAUUGUAGCUCUGGACAAGGAUAUAGAAGAUACAAAAGACCCAGAGCUUCACCUUUUCCUGAAUGAUUACACCUCUGUCUUCACCAUCACACAGACUGGUAUCACUCGCUUCCUCACCUUACUUCAACCAGUAGACAGGGAAGAACAGCAAACUUACACCUUUUCGAUAACAGCAUUUGAUGGUGUGCAAGAAAGUGCACCAGUUAUUGUCAAUAUCCAGGUGAUGGAUGCAAAUGAUAACACUCCAACCUUCCCUGAAAUAUCCUAUGAUGUCUAUGUUUAUACAGACAUGAGCCCUGGGGACAGUAUCAUACAGCUCACUGCAGUCGACGCGGAUGAAGGGUCAAAUGGGGAGAUCACCUAUGAAAUCCUGGUUGGGGCUCAGGGAGACUUCAUCAUCAGUAACACAACAGGGCUUAUCGCCAUCGCUCCGGGGGUGGAAUUGAUAGUCGGGAGGACUUACGCGCUCACAGUCCAAGCAGCAGAUAAUGCUCCUCCUGCAGAGAGAAGGCACUCCAUCUGCACUGUGUACAUUGAAGUGCUUCCUCCAAAUAAUCAAAGCCCUCCCCGCUUCCCACAGCUGAUGUAUAGCCUUGAAAUCAGUGAAGCCAUGAGGAUCGGUGCAGUUCUAUUAAAUCUACAGGCAACUGACCGAGAGGGAGACCCAAUAACAUAUGCCAUUGAGAAUGGAGACCCUCAGAGAGUUUUUAAUCUUUCAGAAACUACUGGGAUUCUAACCUUAGGGAAAGCCCUGGACAGAGAAAGCACCGAUCGCUACAUUCUGAUAGUCACUGCUUCUGAUGGCAGGCCAGACGGGACCUCAACUGCUACAGUAAAUGUGGUGGUGACAGAUGUCAAUGACAAUGCUCCCGUGUUUGAUCCCUAUCUGCCUAGAAAUCUGUCUGUGGUGGAGGAAGAAGCCAAUGCCUUUGUGGGUCAAGUAAAGGCAACAGAUCCUGAUGCUGGAAUAAAUGGCCAAGUGCACUACAGUUUGAAUAACUUCAAUAAUCUUUUUCGGAUCACAUCCAACGGGAGUAUUUACACAGCAGUGAAGCUUAAUAGAGAAGUCAGGGACUACUAUGAACUUGUGGUCGUGGCAACUGAUGGAGCAGUACACCCUCGUCACGCAACUCUAACACUGGCCGUGAAAGUUUUGGAUAUUGAUGAUAACAGUCCUGUGUUUACCAAUUCAACAUAUACAGUUGUUGUUGAAGAGAAUCUGCCAGCUGGAACCACGUUUCUUCAAAUAGAGGCCAAAGAUGUUGACCUUGGAGCAAAUGUGUCUUAUCGGAUAAGAAGCCCUGAAGUGAAGCACUUUUUUGCGCUACAUCCAUUUACAGGAGAACUCUCUCUGUUAAGGAGUUUGGACUAUGAAUCAUUUCCAGACCAGGAAGCAAGUAUCACUUUUCUAGUAGAAGCCUUUGAUAUUUAUGGAACAAUGCCACCUGGUAUUGCUACCGUCACAGUGAUAGUAAAGGAUAUGAAUGAUUACCCUCCCAUAUUUACUAAACGAAUCUACAAAGGAAUGGUGGCUCCAGAUGCUGUCAAAGGCACACCUAUCACAACAGUUCAUGCUGAAGAUGCAGACCCUGCUGGAUUACCUGCAAGUCAUGUGAGGUAUAGAAUAGAUGAUGUCCAGUUUCCUUAUCCUGCCAGUAUUUUUGAUGUAGAAGAAGAUUCUGGAAGAGUAAUAACUCGCGUCAAUCUUAAUGAAGAACCUACGACAAUUUUUAAGUUGGCGGUUGUGGCUUUUGAUGAUGGUGAGCCUGUGAUGUCCAGCAGUGCCACAGUGAAAAUUCUCGUCUUACAUCCUGGAGAAAUCCCUCGCUUCACACAAGAGGAAUACAGACCCCCUCCAGUAAGUGAACUUGCAACCAGAGGGACUAUGAUUGGUGUAAUUUCUGCUGCAGCCGUCAAUCAGAGUAUUGUGUACUCCAUUGUUUCAGGAAAUGAAGAGGAUACAUUUGGAAUUAAUAACAUCACGGGUGUUAUCUAUGUGGAUGCUCCUCUGGAUUAUGAGACAAGGACGAGCUACGUACUUCGAGUCCAAGCUGAUUCCCUGGAAGUGGUCCUUGCCAAUCUCCGAGUUCCUUCGAAAAGCAAUACAGCUAAAGUGUAUAUUGAGAUUCAGGAUGAAAAUGAUCAUCCCCCGGUGUUUCAGAAAAAAUUCUACAUUGGAGGUGUAUCUGAAGAUGCAGGAAUGUUUGCCUCUGUUCUCAGAGUUAAGGCUACUGAUGAAGAUACUGGCAAUUAUAGUGCCAUGGCAUACAGACUCAUAAUACCACCAAUUAAAGAGGGAAAAGAAGGAUUUGUGGUGGAAACAUAUACAGGGCUUAUCAAAACUGCUAUGCUCUUCCAUAAUAUGAGGAGGUCCUACUUCAAGUUUCAAGUCAUCGCAACUGAUGAUUAUGGGAAGGGACUAAGUGGCAAAGCAGACGUACUUGUCUCUGUGGUCAAUCAGUUGGAUAUGCAAGUUAUUGUUUCCAGUGUGCCCCCUACUCUGGUGGAAAAAAAAAUAGAAGAUCUUACAGAGAUUUUAGAUCGCUAUGUUCAGGAACAAAUUCCUGGUGCCAAGGUUGUGGUGGAGUCCAUUGGUGCUCGCCGGCACGGAGAUGCAUUUUCUCUGGAAGAUUACACCAAAUGUGACUUGACUGUCUAUGCGAUUGACCCCCAAACCAACAGGGCCAUCGAUAGAAAUGAGCUUUUUAAAUUUUUGGACGGCAAAUUGCUCGAUAUCAAUAAAGACUUUCAGCCAUAUUAUGGGGAAGGAGGACGCAUUCUGGAGAUCCGGACUCCAGAGGCCGUGACCAGCAUUAAAAAACGAGGAGAAAGUCUAGGCUACACCGAAGGCGCCUUGCUGGCGCUGGCCUUCAUCAUCAUUCUCUGCUGUAUUCCUGCCAUCUUGGUGGUUUUGGUCAGCUACAGACAGUUUAAAGUUCGCCAAGCAGAGUGCACCAAGACCGCGCGAAUCCAGUCGGCGCUCCCCGCGGCUAAGCCUGCGGCGCCCGCCGCGCCCGUGGCCGCGCCCCCGCCCCCGCCCCCGGCUGCACAUCUCUAUGAAGAGCUCGGGGACAGCGCAAUUUGGAGGUUUUGUUGGCAGCUGGUCAUAUGCAUGAGAACUUGUGCUAUUUGGCGGACCCUGACAAGGAGAGGUUAUGCAUCAGAGCAGCAACAGCAGCUGCUGAGACCUUCUCUUCUUAAACCAGAGGAGUUAUCCACGGAGUCUGGAAUUGAUCCUGGCCAGGAAUAUGGACAAGAGUAUUACAGUUAUGAGCAUGGGUAUGAAAUGCCUCAAUAUGGAAGUCGCCGUCGUUUGUUACCACCUGUUGGACAAGAGGAAUAUGGUGAGGUAGUUGGUGAAGCUGAUGAGGAAUAUGAAGAGGAAGAGUGGGCAAGAAAAAGAAUGAUCAAGUUAGUUGUUGAUCGAGAUCAUGAAACUAGCUCAGCUGGAGAAGACAGUGCACCUGAAUGUCAGAGAAACCGUCUUCACAAUACUAAUAUUCACAGUAACAUCAAUGGCAAUAUAUAUAUUGCACAGAAUGGUUCUGUGGUGAGAACCCGCCGGGCCUGCCUCACUGAUAACUUAAAAAUUGCUUCUCCCAUGCGAUUAGGAAGGCACUUUAAGAAACUAGACAAAUUGGCAGUAACUCAUGAGGAGAAUGUCCCUCUGAACACAUUAUCCAAGGGGCCAUUUUCUGCUGAGAAAAUGAACACAGGACCAACUCUGGUUACAUUUGCCCCUUGCCCUGUGGGGACUGAGAGAACAGCCGCAAAGCCAUUGGGGAAGAGGCUGAAAAGCACAGUUGAACAGGAGUCUACAGUUGACAGUAAGAACAUCAAGGAGGCACUGGAAUUUCACAGUGACCACACGCAAUCAGAUGAAGAAGAGCUUUGGAUGGGCCCCUGGAACAACCUCCAUAUACCAAUGACGAAACUGUGACCAAUUUUUUAAAAGUUAGUUUGAUUUUUACUUCAGUUUUUGAUAAAUUGUGCUUUUUAUCGUCCCUGAGAAAACAAUGUAUGGAAUUUAUAUCAUGCACACAAGCUAAAAGUUUGAACGAUAUGCUUUAAAGUUUAAAGAGACAGAUUUGCACUCCCAUUUGUAUCUAUUUAAUUGUUCUUCCCAGAAAAUCUUUUUGGACAGACUCUCAAUUCACUAAAUAACAUAUCAUGUAAACAUUUAGCUGCUCUGUUGGGUCUUGAAUUUUAUUUUCAUUUUAAUAAACAAGAGAUAAUUUACUAAGUAAUCAUUUAUAUUUUGUUGAUUAACAUAGAUUAUUCUUCAUCCCUAGCUUCACAGAGCUCGUUUUGGGACAUGUAGUUUACUUUUCAUAAAAAAAUGGAAAAAAAUUCUAGUAAAAGAUUUUACAGGUAAUGGGUUUAUACAGCUGCUGUCUACAACAUCCUGAUUUUUAAUGAAAGAUAGAAUUACAAAGUGAGAGUUAAUUUGGGAAUGUUCUGUAUAUCAUGUAGAAUCAUGAACCUAUUUUCCUUAUUGUCCAAUAUAAAGUUUUUCAGAUUUUUACCUAUGUGUAUAUUGACCUUUUAAGGAAUACUUGAAGUCAUAUCUCAUUUAUAGAUAUCACCCACAGUUUUCCCUGGCACAUGCCCCCCACUUCCCUCCCCACAGCCCCACACACAAACACACACACACUCUACGAACACCAUGCAUAAUGAACAUAAUUAAGUUUAGCCAUUCAAGUUAAAGAAUUUUUUGGAGCAUCAGAGAAAUCUCACCCCAGAGAAAGCUUACUGAGGUGGGAAAGGGUCAAACAAGCAAUGAUGCAUCUAGAACCACAGCGUCAAUACAGAUGUAGUAAGAUCGCAGAAGUCUCACGUUAAUGUCAUUGGAAAAUAAUAUUUCAUAAACUCAGUAUAAAGGAACUUGUGAAGGUUAAGAAUUUAUAUAGUAUGUGAAAUGCUCAUAAAGGCCAUAAGUCCAUAACUUACAAUGUAUUAUAGUAUAUCACUUCUCCCAGCUCCAGUUUAUUUAUAGAAUAUUUCUAAUGCACAAUAUUCAUGUGCAUAAAGUGCAGAACCAGAAAAUGGUUGUCUGGGCAUUUUUUAAAUCAAAGAACAGUCUUGAUUUUUCACCAUUGAACAAAGCACAAUUUUUCACCAUUAACAGAAAAUGAAGUAUCCUUUCAAAAAAAAAAUCCCCAAAACCUGCCUUGUGUAUUGCCUACUCUCCAGAUGUAAAAAUGAUGAAACAAUAUAAUUCAAGAGAAUUCAGAAUUCUGUUGACUGUGGCUUAGUGUGAUAGAGCUCACAAUACUUUCACAGUAUUGACUAAAUUCAGAUUUCAAUAAAAUCUUUCAUGCAUGCUUAUUUUUAUGGUUGAAAAUUGAGUAAUGCACUAUUAUUUCCCUUUUAAUAUGUUUCAUAUUUUAAAAGUUUGUUUAUUUUGAUGCUAUUUCCUAUUUCCAAAGUGAAUGAAUUGUAUGUAAC